GCGGGCGGCUGGCGGGGCCGCGGAGCCCCGGGUGGGCGCUGCCCCGCGACGGCUGCGCUAGGGGGGCGCGGGGCGCGGCGGGGGGCGGCCGAGCGGGGCGCCCUCCCCCGGCGCUGAGUGCCCGCGCCCCCGGAGGGAUGGGGCGGGCGGCCGCAGCCGCCUAAGAUGCCGGCCAUGCGGGGACUCCUGGCGCCGCAGAACACCUUCCUGGACACCAUCGCCACGCGCUUCGACGGCACGCACAGUAACUUCGUGCUGGGCAAUGCCCAGGUGGCGGGGCUCUUCCCCGUUGUCUACUGCUCUGAUGGCUUCUGUGACCUCACGGGCUUCUCCCGGGCCGAGGUCAUGCAGCGGGGCUGCGCCUGCUCCUUCCUCUAUGGGCCUGACACCAGCGAGCUUGUCCGCCAGCAGAUCCGCAAGGCCCUGGAUGAGCACAAGGAGUUCAAGGCCGAGCUGAUCCUGUACCGGAAGAGUGGGCUCCCAUUCUGGUGUCUCCUGGAUGUGAUUCCCAUAAAGAAUGAGAAAGGGGAGGUGGCCCUCUUCCUGGUCUCCCACAAGGACAUCAGUGACAUAAAGAAUCGAGGGGGCCCUGACAACUGGAAAGAGACAGGUGGUGGCCGCCGCCAUCGGUAUGGCCGUGCAGGAAGAAGCAAAGGCUUCAAUGCCAACAGGCGGCGGAGCCGGGCUGUGCUUUACCACCUGUCCGGGCACCUGCAGAAGCAGCCCAAGGGCAAGCAUAAGCUCAACAAGGGAGUGUUUGGGGAGAAACCAAACUUGCCCGAGUACAAAGUCGCUGCCAUUCGAAAGUCACCCUUUAUCCUGCUGCACUGUGGCGCGCUGAGGGCCACCUGGGAUGGCUUCAUCCUGCUGGCCACCCUCUAUGUGGCUGUCACCGUGCCCUAUAGCGUGUGUGUGAGCACGGCUCGGGAGCCCAGCGCUGCCCGUGGCCCCCCCAGCGUCUGCGACCUGGCCGUGGAAGUCCUCUUCAUCCUCGACAUUGUGCUGAACUUCCGGACCACCUUCGUGUCCAAGUCAGGCCAGGUGGUGUUCGCCCCCAAGUCCAUUUGCCUCCACUACGUCACCACCUGGUUCCUGCUGGAUGUCAUCGCGGCGCUGCCCUUCGACCUGCUCCAUGCCUUCAAGGUCAACGUGUACUUCGGGGCCCACCUGCUGAAGACGGUGCGGCUGCUGCGGCUGCUCCGGCUGCUGCCCCGGCUCGACCGUUACUCCCAGUACAGCGCCGUGGUGCUCACCCUGCUCAUGGCCGUGUUCGCCCUGCUCGCCCACUGGGUGGCCUGCGUCUGGUUCUACAUCGGCCAGCGGGAGAUCGAGAACAGCGCCUCGGAGCUGCCCGAGAUUGGCUGGCUGCAAGAACUGGGCCGCAGACUGGAGACCCCCUAUUACCUGGUGGGCCAGAGCUCAGCCGUGGGGAACGGCUCUGGCCAGAGUGACAACUGCAGCAGCAACGAGGUCAACAGCACGGGGCUGGCGCUCCUGGGCGGCCCGUCCCUGCGCAGCGCCUACAUCACCUCCCUCUACUUCGCGCUCAGCAGCCUCACCAGCGUGGGCUUUGGCAACGUGUCCGCCAACACGGACACCGAGAAGAUCUUCUCCAUCUGCACCAUGCUCAUCGGCGCCCUGAUGCACGCCGUGGUGUUCGGGAACGUGACGGCCAUCAUCCAGCGCAUGUACGCCCGCCGCUUUCUGUAUCACAGCCGCACCCGCGACCUGCGUGACUACAUCCGCAUCCACCGCAUCCCCAAGCCCCUCAAGCAGCGCAUGCUCGAGUAUUUCCAGGCCACAUGGGCCGUGAACAAUGGCAUUGACACCACCGAGCUGCUGCAGAGCCUCCCGGACGAGCUCCGCGCAGACAUCGCGAUGCACCUGCACAAGGAGGUCCUGCAGCUGCCGCUGUUCGAGGCCGCCAGCCGUGGCUGCCUGCGCGCCCUGUCCCUGGCCCUCCGGCCCGCCUUCUGCACGCCGGGCGAGUACCUCAUCCACCAGGGCGACGCGCUCCAGGCCCUCUACUUCGUCUGCUCUGGCUCCAUGGAGGUGCUCAAAGGAGGCACCGUGCUCGCCAUCCUAGGGAAGGGUGAUCUGAUCGGCUGCGAGCUGCCCCAGCGUGAGCAGGUGGUGAAGGCCAACGCGGACGUGAAGGGGCUGACCUACUGUGUCCUGCAGUGUCUGCAGCUGGCGGGGCUGCACGAGAGCCUUGCCCUGUACCCCGAGUUUGCCCCGCGCUUCAGCAGGGGGCUCCGGGGGGAGCUCAGCUACAACCUGGGUGCGGGUCACACAGAGGUAGACACCAGCUCUCUGAGCGGCGACAACACCCUCAUGUCCACACUGGAAGAGAAGGAGACAGAUGGGGAGCAGGGCCCCACAGCCUCCCCAGCCCCUGCGGACGAGACUUCCAGUCCCCUGCUGUCCCCCAGCUGUACCUCCUCGUCCUCCGCCGCCAAGCUCUUGUCUCCACGUCGGACUGUACCCCGGCCUCGUCUGGGUGGCAGAGGGCGGCCGGGCAGGGCCAGAGCGUAUCAGGCUGAGCCCGGCCCCUCUGCGCACCCCCGGAGCUUGGAGGGGCUGCGGCUGCCCUCCGUGCCCUGGAAUGUGCCCCCAGAUUUGAGCCCCAGAGUAGUAGAUGGCAUUGAGGACGGCUGUGGCUCCGACCAGCCCAAGUUCUCUUUCCGAGGGGGACAGUCCGGUCCUGAAUGCAGCAGCAGCCCUUCCCCCGCACCAGAGAACAACUUGCUGACCGUCCCUCCGGGCCCCAGUGAGGCGAGGAGCGCGGACACGGACACACUGGACAAGCUUCGGCUGGCGGUGGUGGAGCUGUCGGAGCAGGUGCUGCAGAUGCGGGAGGGGCUGCAGUCGCUUCGCCAGGCCGUGCAGCUGGUCCUGGCCCCCCAUGGGGAAGGCCUGUGUCCUCGGGAGUCAGGAGAGGCGCCAUGCCCAGCCAGCGCCGCGGGACUUCUGCAGCCUCUGCGUGUAGACACGGAGUCGUCAUCCUUCUGCCUGCAGCCCCCACCUGGCUCGGCCUUGAGUGGGACCUGGCCGCACCCCCGACCGGGGCCCCCGCCUCUCACAGCCCCUUGGCCCUGGGGCCCCCCAGCAUCACAGAGCUCCCCCUGGCCUCGAACCUCUGCCUUCUGGAGCUCCGCCUCGGACUUGGAGCCCCCGGGCCCAGGAGAACUCUGCCCUGAGACCAGCACCCCUGUCCCACCGAGCCCUGAGGAAGGGGCGCAGACUGGCCCCCCAGAGCCCCCAGGCCAGACUACCGAGGCAGCCAGUGCGGGGGAGCACCCCCCGGGGUCACGGGGCCUGGCCUUGUCCUGGGAGCCCCACAGCCUGGAGAUGGUGCUGAUUGGCUGCCACGGCUCUGGCACGGUCCAGUGGACACAAGAGGAAGGCACCGGAGUCUGACUCUCCAGAACUCAGUGUCGCCAGCACACAGCCACCUGCUGCGCCCCGACCGU